CGAGAAAUUAGAACGCAAAACGCGUGCAGCCUUUGCUGUCGCGUUGUAGGCGCGUUUAAUUCCAGCCAACUGUAGACGCUGAUUGGAUCUUAUGGCUACAAUCCAAGGCGUUGCGCGUAUGCGUCAAAACGCAUUCAUUAAAACCCUUUCGUAUUAUUCAUUGCUAAGUGUGAGAUUCUUAUACUGCGUUUUCGUGUUUCAUACUGUAUUUGCCAAUGGAGAUAUAAAUCAGGAUGUUGUUUCACCUAAGGAUUUCACCAUACCUUCAGGAACCGACUAUGAUCGGGAAGCCUUAAUGAAAUUGACCGAAUUUAGACAACGUCACAGGAAGACCGUUGAUGGUAUGCUUUGUGCAGCAGCUUUUGUGCGCAAUGGGAAUACAUUUACGGACUGUACAACAACUGAAGCUCCAGAUGGUUCUGUUGGUCGAGAAUGGUGUUAUGUAGAAGUACAGUUGAUUGGUGUGGGCUCCAGAGAUUGGGACUUUUGUGCCGGCACAGUAGACUAUGAUGUCAUUCGAUCCAAGGCAUCUCUUUUAUCGAAACUGAAAUCUGAAGAGUUGGCACAUUCAGUGUUACAACUUUCUGCAACUGAACAACGUUUGGAAAAUACGCUAAAACAUUUUGAUGCUGUGUGUGGCCACGGAACGGCAUCUCAUGAAAAUGAUAUGAACACAAUAUCGCACUCUCUCCGUGGUUUGGAGCGUGCUUUACAGCAGGUUGAGGCAAACUCACAAAGUCUCCACAUGUUAAAUGAGGAAUACGAAUCUCUGAGCGAGCAGCUUGAGAUUACGCGUAAGAGCGUUUUAAAUGACAAAAGAAAUUGCUCAAUUGUUCAAGGCUAUUCCGUUGCGGUGGUGGGAGAUGGUGUCCGUGCCAGCUACUUUGACAAUCCAUAUCUAAGGGGGCCACCUGUUGGUUUCUUUGAUCAUUCUAGCCUAUCUCUAACAUUUGAUGAGAUAUUACCUAUAAAUGGUGUAGACAUUCGUUCCUUUUCCGUACGUUUUGAGACAUAUUUGCGCGUACCUGUUUCGGGAGACUAUACCUUUUGGUUGGAUGCUGAUUGUAACUUUUUGAUGUUCGUCGACGGAGAGUUGGUAAUUAAGCAUGGACUUGAGGGUAGGGGUACAUUUGCAUCGGCGUAUAAUUCAGCGGGUGUGGUUGCUCUUGACGGCCGUACAACAACCUCGACUCUCGUUUCUUCUCGCAAAAUGUCACUGGUUGGGGGCAAGCGUUAUCCAUUGGUAUUGGAAUAUUCACAUCAAAGCUCACUGAAGUAUCGUGAUGAAAACGUUGUUCGUUUGAUAUUGAGUUGGGAAACUGACACGCGGUCCCGGACGAUUAUCGACCCGGAUUAUUUCUUCCGUAGCAGAGAUUCUGGUGAAUCUUUAAUUAUCAGUGGAUUAGAUGCGCGAUGGUUUGACUUAGCCAUGUUGGAGAACGGGGCACAGGCAUUUAUUAACGUAACAAAUUUGUUGUUGGCAGACGUACCUGACCAUCUCCGAGGCAUGCGUAUGGUACGCACAGUAGUGAAACCUGAUUAUGAUACCGUGGAUUUUUACAUUUCGCAUGAUGCUUUUCUAUAUGUUGCUCAAUCUGAACAUCUGUCUUAUAUUCCUAUGGCAGAGAAUAUGUCCACGUUCGAUAGAAGCUGGGAGGUGAUAUCAGUUUAUUCUAUUGGCCACAAUUGCGAAGAGGCCACCAGUCAACAGGAGUUUAUAGUUUUCUACAAGCGAUUCAAGGCAGGACCUGUAAAAAUUCACAUAUUACCUGAAACGUCGUUUUUCUUGUUCAUGCAGCCCGCUGCGGCUAAUGCCAUAUGCCCCGACGAUGUCCAGUAUCUUCCUUUCAAAAAUGGUGACGGUUGUGCGUCUUCUUCAUCACUUUCAGCUGCAUUUGACUGCUCAAAAGCUUUUGGGAGUGGAUACUGGCAACCGAGUUCUGGGCGGAUCACUGGACAGUGGCUGAUGCGCACUUUCACCAACCCUGUGGAGUUGGUUCACUUCCAUUUUUCUCCGAUAGAUGGCAGUUUACCUAUGCGCGCAAUUAUAUCAUUUCCUGAUGGAUCUGAGGAAGAUUUCGAGCUGCAUUCACAGCUUCGUUACGAAUUGGGAUAUCACGGCGUUGUGGAUUCCAUUAGGAUUAUGAUUGAAACAAUGAGCCCAGGAGACGGUAUUACAGGUUCCGAUACGGUUGAUAAUAAAGAAAUAAUUGGCGGAACAUUCGCCUUUUAUGGACGCGAAUGCGGUGCUCGUACAACAGUGGAAGAAGCAGUACAUUUUCCCAUUCACAUAAGUUUCUGCCAAGGGGGGCACGCAUGUGGUCCUGAUCACUUGGAUUUGGGACACAUGAAAGGAUAUCAUGGCAGGUUGUCUUACGGUUGGGGUUCAUCAAAUGUCGUGGCUGAUAUAGCUGAUCUUCAGAUAUGUAAACCCCAAGUGAAUCACAUAGUUGAUGUUAACUUGGAUUCUGUACCGUUGAUAGAUAGAGAAUUAACAGAACUACCUGCGACGACUAAAAAUCAUAGUGUAUAUGAUUUGUUAUUGAAGCAGAAAGCUGGAUUACCUCUUGGCCAGGGGCAACGGUGGACCAUCGAUGUCCCUGAGCAUGGUGUAUACAAUGUUGAAGUUUUACUUUCUGCGUUAUGUACUAAUGUGGAAUCUGCGUCCCUUCUCAUAAACAAUGUGGAAAUGCUUGAAGGUGAGUUGCUUCAAGUAGGACAGUCACUCGAGCUUCACGCACGUGUACCGCUUGAGCGUGUAGGAUCAUUGGAACUGCGUUCAUCGUCCAAUGGGUUAUUUUUGAUCAACGCUAUAAUUAACCCCUCCAACAUGUAGUACUCGGUGUC